AUGGCUGAACUAACCAUCUCUGCUGAAGUUCGACUGGGCUGGAACGAGUAUUCUAGAGGAGAGGGUCGAGUUGAGAUUUUCUAUUUCAACAGAUGGGGUACAGUUUGCAAUACCACAUGGGAUAUAACCGAUUCCAAUGUGGUGUGUAGACAACUUGGUUUUUGGAGAGCCUUCGCCACCGUCGAUUCCAUCGUCUUUGGAGCCACUCCAUCAGGUCCAGUCUGGCUCGAUAAAACCAACUGUUCAGGAGAGGAGGACUCCCUCUAUAGGUGCAGAAAGGCUGGAGUUGGUGGGAACCAAUGUCAGCACGAAACAGUUGCCGCUGUCAUCUGCGAUCUUACAGGUCAAUUACUUGUUGGUCAUACCGGCGGAGAAAGAAGGCCUCUCUUGUAUUACAACAUCUCAGAUUCAUCAGGUUUUCAUGAAAGAUCAGCCAUCAACGUCUCUGCAAUUACGAUGCUUUACCAUAAAGAAGAGACUACCUUGUAUUGGAUCCAGGACGUAGAGGGCUCUUCAAAGAACUGUGAACUUCGACGAAUUAAUGUAAAUGGAAGUAAUAACCAAUGGGAAACUUUUGCCACGCUGACUUUCUGCAACCAAUAUUCGUCAGUAACUAUCGAUGAAAUCAAGGAAUAUAUCUUCUGGACGGAGCCUUCAACAUCAAGAAGGGUUUACCGGAAGGCUACCGACGGGUCUAGUCUAACUGUGUUUCGAUACGGCGUACAAACUCCUCGAGGACUCGCACUACGCAAAGCAACACGGAGAGUAUACAUCUUAAUGGAGAAUCGGGUGGAUUCGCGGACUUUGAAUUUAGGUGGUCCUACAAGUCCUGUUUCAUACCCAAAUAACAAGAAUGUUAAAUGUCUCACAUUGGAUGAAGCAGGUGGUAUGAUGUACUUCAUCGAUUUCGAGGGUGACGCCGUACUUAAAAUGGCGCCAAUUGAUGGUGGCAAGCUCAAGGUUGUUCCGUUGGACAUCAAGGACACCCCAUCGGGUAUGUUGUUCGCAUCGGGCUGGCUGGUCUGGCUUGAACCAACUCAUCAUCGGGUUGGUCGUGUCGCCCUACGGGGAAGCUCUCGGGAGAUCAUAUACCAAGACUUUGAUGAGCAGAUGGAAGCUCCAGCGAGCCUCGCUUUCAUUCCAUAGCCAGUGAAAUUGUUUUAGAAG